CGUUUUUUUUAAACUCUAAACCAUAAACUCAUCCUCAUAUCAAAAAACGUUCACACAAAAGACAUGGCGGCAUCGAAAACAACAAUCUUCAUCAUUUUUGUUCUUUGUCUCUCAUGUACAUUGUUGGCGAAUAUCAUUGGAGUGCAGGCCGAUGAUAUAUCAUGCAAGACAACAAAAGAGUGUGUGGUGCAAUGUUCAGAAGAAGAUGCGAAAUGUAUUGACAGAAAGUGCCAUUGUCCGCACCCAACAGUCGAGAUUGAGCCAACCAAUAAGCGAUGCAAGAAGGAUAGUGAUUGUCCUUCUACUCAUCCAUGCCCUAAAGAUUAUUAUUAUGCUUGUGUUACUGGAGAAUGUACUUGUAUUGCUGUUUGAGAAAGCCUUGCAAUACGUAAUCAUAAUAUAUGAAAAUUUUAGAUGGUGUAGGUGUUUACACCAUA